UUAUUCUUUCUUCACUCAGCAACGGCAAGGACGUUUAAUUGGCUUCCAAAACAUGAAGAAAUCUGCAAUUGCUGCAGUAAUACUCCUUCUGCACCUUUUUGUCUUCUCUUGUCAAACUGAUCAGGUUCAUUCUUUGGCAACUCCAUAUGAGAAUGAUUUUAGCUACAUGAAGUUUGUGCGCUAUGCCACCGAUCUACCGCUAGAAGAAGAAUACGACUACAUUGUAGUUGGGGGAGGAACAGCAGGCUGUCCAUUGGCAACAACUUUAUCCGAAAAGUAUUCAGUAUUGGUUCUAGAAAGAGGCAGUGUUCCUAGUGCAUAUCCAAGUGUCUUGCGUGAAGAAAAGUUUGCGAGUAAUGUCAUGCAGGAAGAUGAUGGUAAGAUCCCAGCUCAAAGGUUCACCUCAGAAGAUGGUGUUCGUAAUGCAAGAGGCAGGAUCUUGGGUGGGUCGAGUAUGAUCAAUGCUGGUUUUUACUCCAGAGCCGAAAAGGAGUUCUAUCUCACAUCUGGAAUUGAAUGGGAUAUGGAUAUGGUUUAUAAGGCAUAUACUUGGGUCGAAAACACCACCGUAUUCCGCCCGGUUAAUGUGGAAACUUGGCAAUCUGUUGUGAAAGAAGCCUUAUUGGAGGCUGGUGUUACUCCGGACAAUGGAUUUAAUUUGGAACACAUUCCAGGAGCUAAAGUUGGGGGUUCGAUUUUUGACAGUAAUGGAAGGAGGCAUGGAGCUGUUGAACUGCUUAAUAGAGCAGAGCCAAACAACUUGCAAGUUGCAGUUCAUGCCACAGUAGAGAGGAUCAUCUUUUCUUCCAAUGUGUCAAGUUGCUCUGCCACAGGAAUUAUAUACAGUGAUUCUGACGGGAGGUCACACCGGGCAUUUGUACGUGGUAAAGGAGAGGUUAUAUUGAGUGCUGGAACGAUUGGGAGCCCUCAACUUCUGCUACUCAGUGGUGUUGGUCCUCAAUCCUACCUUUCGUCUCUUAAAAUCCCGGUCAUCUACCCUCAACCCAACGUUGGACAGUUUAUGUUCGACAAUCCUCGUAAUUCCAUAAACAUUUUGCCCCCAUUUCUACUUCAGCCUUCAUUUCUACAAAUUGCUGGAAUUGCAACUGAUUUCUACAUAGAGGCUCUCUCUUAUAUCGUGCCAAAUAAUUCCAGCAAUGUGACUUUGGCAAAUAUUGCUUCGAAAGUACCUGGACCCUUAUCAUAUGGUUCUCUCCGGUUGCAAUCAUCUUCUGACGUGAGAGUCGGGCCGAAUGUCAGCUUCAACUACUUUGCACAUCCGGCCGACCUUGCUCGCUGCGUUAAGGGACUGAGAAAGAUUGCAGACUUAUUAAAGACAAACUCGUUGAAACCAUUUAGGUCCCAAAAUUCUUCGGGUACGGAAGGUUUUAACUUUUAUGGACCAUCUCUACCUACGAACCAAGCAGAUGAUGCUCCCUUUGAAACCUUCUGUCGAACUACAGUUGCCACAUUUUGGCAUUACCAUGGCGGAUGCCUUGUGGGAAAGGUGGUCGAUAGCAGUUUGCGAGUCAUUGGGAUCAAUUCAUUACGUGUUGUUGAUGGUUCCACAUUCAAUUUCUCACCAGGAACCAAUCCCCAGGCCACCGUUAUGAUGUUAGGCAGGACUGGAGAAGCUCCUAGUGGACCUAUGCUCGAAAGGAAGAGGAAUGGAGUUGUGCUCCAAUAAUGAAGAGUGGUGCCUUGUAUCGCCAUUCCCAAUGAACAUAUAUAUAACCUUGAACCCAAUGCCGGUCUUGGAGUCCUUGACUACUGCAAGCCAGUUGUCGAGUUGAGAGCUGAUGAGAUGUGAAAUUCCAACGAUCAGAGAGUGAUGUCUAAAUAUAAAAGCUGAGAUCUAGCUUUAUUGCUGUCGGGAUUUUUUGAGAUGAAAAUAAAAUAGCCCAGGUACCCUCUUCAAUCCUCUAACUAUAAGUUACUUAUGGAGGCUUAAGAAACACAGAGAAAAGUGAGAGCUAUUUUAUUUGGCAAAUCAGCAACUACACUUAGUUCAUGGGUGCAUUUUCUCUAAGUUGUAAUCUAAUGAUAUAGCUUAUGUAUAGAACUAGACAUUGCACAAAGUUUUACUGAUAUGCAGCUAUACAUGUGUGCAUAUAUAAUUAUGAAAAUUGAUCAGAGUUUAAAAUUACAUGUGAACAAGCUAUUAUUCAAUUCUGUUUAUGGAUAAGUUUGUAUUUAAAUUCAAAAUCUGUGCAGUUGAUAAGCAGUUGAUGGUUUGAUAAAACAGUUAAGCAAAUGACAAUUUCUUUAUGGAUGAAACUGUCAUGCAAAGCCUCUAUAUGAAUGUCAUACUUGUCCCUUUUGAAACACGAGUUCUUUCUCAAAAAUUAGUCCCAUUACUAAGAGAAAGUCAAGGUGGAUUCAGGAGAAGACUGUCAUGGACAAUGCAAGUGCAUCAAGUAAGUUUCUGCAUCCAUGUUCUUAUGUUCCUGUUUUCUGCAGAUACAGGAUUGGUAGGAUAUUUUCAAUCCCGAGUUCAAUUACACAUUCUGCUAUGCACUUUCCAAUGAGUAUCAAUCAAAUUGAGCUUCUGAAUGGCUCAAAUUUUAAGAAAUGGAAAGGUGACAUGGAACUGAAUCUGGGAAUAUUGGAUUAUGAUCAUGUUCUGAAGGACAAUCCACCAGCAGCAGUGACUGAAAGUUCUAGUAGAGAAGCAAGGGAAAAGCAUGACAAAUGGUACAAGCAUAUCAAAAUGGCACUGAUCAUGAUCAAGAAAAGCAUGCAUGAAAAUGUGAGGGGUAGUGUACCUGAUUCAGAAUUAGCCAAAGUGUUCUUUGAUUCUAUUGCAGAAAAGUUUAAAAUUUCAGACAAAGCUGAAGUGCAGAAUCUGGUUUGGUCUCUUGCAAGAAUGAAAUUCAAUGGGAAGACAAGUGUUAGAGAGUAUAUAAUGAGAGGUUCAGACAUUGCUGGAAAGCUUAGAGCAUUAAACAUGGCCAUUGAUGAUUCAUUCCUGGUGUACAUGCUUCUAGACUCACUUCCAAGUGAGUAUUCUCAGUUGAAGACACUAUACAAGACUCAAAAGGAGAAAUGGAGUGUGAAUGAAUUGAUAUCACUGUGUGUAGAAGUUGAGCAAGAGAAAGAGAAGCAAGAAGGAACUAACAUGGCUGUGAAUCUGAUGACCAAAACUAAGUACAGAAAGAAGUUUGGAAACAGAAACUCCAAGCCAGGUACCUCUGUAAGUACUUCCAAAACUGUUAUGAAAUCUGAUGUUGAUAAAAUGAAGUAUAGACCUGCAGGUGGCAUAAAGUGUUUCUUUUGUAAGAAACCAGGUCACUUUAAGAAAGAUUGUGAAAGUUUCAAAGCUUGGAUGAAAAAGAAAGGGAUUGUCAGAGAUUUCAAUCCCAAGAAAGAAUGAGACAAGGGUGUGUACUGGGAGUGGCCAAAGGGUGGCUGUGAAGGCUAUAGGAAUUGUCAAACUCAAGUUUAAGAAUAAUUAUGUAUUAGUAUUGAACAAUGUCUAUUGUAUUCCAAGUAUAAGUAGGAACUUGAUUUCUAGAUCUCAAUUUGUAGCAAACAAUGGCUUCAGCUUCUCUAGUAAUAAUAAAGUUAUGAAGUUCUAUUUUAAUU